GUUUUUGUCUUUUUGAUGUGGUUGUGAGGCAGAGAGUGAUGGCGGCAUCAAAUGAUCUUCAAGAAGCCCUAAAACCCUUUUAUCAAAGAGCUUCUGAGGCAGAGGAGCGUUUGGCAAGACUUGAAGCUGCUUUUUCUACAAGAAAAGUUGCAGACACUGGAAACGAGGAACUAUUAAAUAAAGUAGCUCAACUGCAAAGAAUGUUAGAAGAUGAAAAAGAAAAGGCUUUGAAGGAGGCGCAAAAGGCUAGUGAAGAAAAUGCAAAACUUCGUUAUCGUAUAACUCAUCUAACAAGAGCAUUACAGAAGGCUGAUAGUGAUUUAGCUUCGAAAUAAAAUGAGUAAAAAAUAGUUAAAUAUUAUAUUAGUUCAAUGAAUUUUGAUGAAAGGAGUCAGAAGCAUGCUUGUUGUAAGGUGAAAUGGUUCCAAAUUGAUUCAAAGAACAAUGUAUUGCAAUUUAAUUGGGUUUUAGUGCUGGC